GCCAUAAAAAUUUCGGAGGACUGUUUCUCGACUAAUCUUCCAGCAUUAAAAACUCCAGAAUUGCCAUCAUCAAUUCCUACCGACGAUCCCAUUACAUUAAUUGGAGAAUUGUCACCACAAUGUCAGAGUGCUUUUCUCGAAAUUGUCACGAGUCCACAAUUUUUUGAAUGUGUGCCAGUUGCAGCGUUAUUGCCACUUUUAACUGACCCAACUUUUCUCUCAA